AUGUCCUAAUAUCUACCUUGUGAUAAAUUCUUAAUUAAAAAAUUACUAUCAUAAGGUUCUUUUGGAUUUGUAUAUUUAGCAUAUAGUCAUAUCCAACAUCAAACCGUAGCAAUAAAAAUAGAUAAAUAACCACGUUAAUAUCAUAAAUAAUCAAAUUUAGAAAACGAAAUAAAAGUUUUAUUAGUAUUACAAGGUUUACAAGGAAUACCUGUAAUAUUAGAUUUUGAUACCGAAAUUAAUGAGUAUCCUUAUUUUACAAUGCCAAUGUUAGGUAAAGAUUUAAGUUAUAUAUUAAAAAAAUGCGGCGGAAGAUUUUCCUGCAAAACAGUAUUAAUGGUUGCCUUAUAAUUGAUAUCUAUUUUAGAGCAAAUUCAUUAAAAAGGUUAUUUACAUAGAGAUUUGAAACCCGAAAAUAUAUUAUUAGGUACAGGAAUAAAUAGAAAUAAGAUAUUUUUAGUUGAUUUUGGUACUUCUAAAUAAUAUAAAUAUGCAAAAACAGAAACAAAUGCAUUAACCCAUAUUCCAUUUAAAGAAUGUUAUUAAUUUAUCGGAACAUAUAGAUAUGCAGCAAUAGCCCCUCAUUUUGGCUUAGAAUAGGGAAGAAAAGACGAUUUAUAAAGUUUGGGUUAUGUAUUAAUAUAUUUAAUAAACGGAUAUUUGCCUUGGCAGAAUAUAAAAUGUGGAAUUGAUGAAUAAUAAAUAAAAAUAGGAAGCAUAAAAAAAAAUUUUGAUAUAAAUGAAUUAUGUUAUGGACUUCCUAGUUUUUUUAAAUGGUAUUUUUAAUAUGUUAAUUAGCUUUAAUUUGAUGAAGAACCGAACUAUUAGCUUAUAAUGUAAAGUAUAAAUGAUUGUUUAUUACAAGAACUAAACUAAAACAAUGAUUUUGUAUUUGAUUGGUCUUCUUUUUCAGUAAAUCAGUCAUACAUUUGUAUAUCUCACUAAGAUGAAAUUUCUAUAAACUCGAAUUAUUCAAAAUAAAUAAAAGCUUUAAAAUCCGAAUCUUAAUUAAAAUAAUAUAUUAAAUCUAAAUCUACGGGAGUUUCAAAUAAUUAAAAUUAAUUAUGUGAAGAAGAUUAAGAAGAAAAUUGUAAAAAUAAAAUUAAUUAUUUUAUUUUAUUUUAUUUUUUUUAAAAAAAUAUUUUUUAGUUAGUUAAUAAGUUCAUUGCGAAUUUUUAAAUUUAAAAAAUGAAAUUAUUUCAAAUUUUGGAUAUUAUAAUUAUAAAAAAUAAAUUCCAUUAUUAUUUACUAAUGAAAGUAAUUUAAAUAAAAUUAAGUUCAAAUAACCUUAAAAUAUUAAAAAAAAUAUCAAAAAUGAAAUUAUUAAAUUGA